AGGUUCUAGCUUGCAGAAUAUAAACAUAUACAACAAUAGUAGAAAAACAGAAAUCUUUUUUUUCUAGUAAAUUAACUACGUCUGCUAUCAGAGUUUAAACAUUUAAUUAUAUUCAAUGGCAUCCGAGAGAUACUCCUUCUCAUUGACAACAUUUAGUCCUUCUGGAAAGCUUGUCCAAAUCGAAUAUGCUUUAAAUGCAGUUUCUGCCGGUGCCAGUACGGUUGGAAUUAAAGCAUCUAAUGGAAUUGUAAUUGCUACCGAAAAUAAGCAAAAAUCCUUGCUGUAUGAUGAAAACUCAGUCCAUAAAAUUGAGAAUAUUACUGAUAACAUUGGAAUCGUUUAUAGCGGAAUGGGUCCUGAUUAUCGACUUCUUGUUCGACAAGCUCGUAAAAUAGCUCAGAACUAUUACAUGAUUUAUAAUGAAAGUAUUCCAACGUCUCAAUUAGUACAACGAAUUGCAGGCGUUAUGCAAGAAUACACUCAAUCAGGUGGUGUUCGGCCAUUUGGAGUAUCACUUUUGAUUUGUGGUAUGGAACCAUCGCAUAUAAAUAAUGAUGAAAUGAUUCCUUUAUUGUUCCAAUGUGAUCCUUCUGGUGCUUAUUUUGCUUGGAAAGCCACUGCUAUGGGAAAGAAUUCUAUUAAUGGAAAAACCUUCCUUGAAAAGCGUUAUACAGAGGAUCUGGAACUGGAUGAUGCCGUUCAUAUUGCUAUUUUGACUUUGAAAGAGGGCUUUGAAGGCCAAAUGAAUGAGUCAAACAUAGAAGUUGGAAUUUGUGACUCCAAUGGUUUCCAUCGUUUAGAUCCAACUACAAUUAAAGAUUAUUUGGCAAAUAUUCCAUAAAUUAUUUUUAUACACCUUUUGAAUCAUACAUAAAUUCAACAAUAAAUACUUUUAAAUGC